UAUAUAACGAUCAUGGGAUUGUUUUCCCUCUCUUAUCGAACAACGAAGACGUUUAAUUUUUUUUUUUUUUUCGCGUGGGUUGUUGUUUUUUUCCGUUCUGAUUUUUCUGCUGACAUACUUUAAAAAACCUUAUGAGAACAAAGACCUAUGUAUGAGGGUUUUUUUUUCGCGUGGGUUGCUGUUAUCAUACUUUUGUAUACGGAAAAACUAUGAGAACAAAGGCCUAUGUAUGUAUGUAUGAUUUUUUUUCGCGUGGAUUGCUGACAUCACACUUUUGCACACGAUGACAACGAUCCCGAACAGAGGCUAGCGUUCUGUUAGAGUGAUAAAACUCCAUACUAAUGCUUUGCGGCUUAUAAAUACUGCCUCACAUUCAGCUGCAGAAGCCAGUGCAAAAAGUUUUGUCAAACAGUUGUCCCCAUAAUACUGCUUGCUUGCGGCUUAUAAGUACUAUACUACAUUCAGUUGUAGAAGCCAGAACAAAAAAAAAAAAUUUAGUCAAACAGUUGACAGUUGAAAAAUUUAGUCAAACAGUUGAAAGUUGACAGUUGAAAAAGUAAAAGUGAAUAUAUAAUGGAUGACUACUAUUUUUAUCAAAACUCGCAAUACGUUGUUCUUGAUGAUGAUGAUGAUGAUGAUGAUGUAGAAAUGAAUGCUGACGCAUCUCAAAAUGGUUGUUCUAACGAACAACCACCACCACCACAACAACCUCAAAAUGGGAGUGAACAACUGCCACCAGCACUACCACCAUCAGCACAACAACAACAACCACAACAACAACAACAACAACCACCAACAACGUCACGUGUGAAUGAAGAACAACAUCAACAGCAACCACCAACACCACAUGAGAAUGAUCAACCGCUAAUAUUACAACAACCAUUAGCACCACAACAACAAAAUGUGCGUCUUCCAGAUCACCCGGAGCUGUGACAUCAUCGGGGGUCCCUUAUGGUAUACACACACACACACACAUAUACAAUAUUGUAAUACUAUACUAUACAUACAUAUAUAAUACUACCCACACACACACACACA